GGCGGCUCUACAGAUACAAUCAGAGCAGACGGGAGGGGGAAGUGAGAGGGAAAAGGAACUCGCUGAAGCUGCCCUUUGUUUCUAGAUUUGCCGAAGAGAACGGGGAAGAGACCGGCGCCGAUAUACACUGCUUUCUGAGAAUCCAGAACACUGUGUUUCUGCCUCUCACUUCUGGCUCUGCUGAGAGAUGUCCACUCCUGACCCACCCAUGGGCGGGACCCCUCGGCCGGGACCUUCCCCAGGCCCUGGGCCGUCUCCUGGGGCCAUGUUAGGGCCUAGUCCUGGACCCUCACCUGGCUCUGCCCAUGGCAUGAUGGGCCCCAGCCCUGGGCCCCCCUCUUCGGGACACCCUCUACCUCCACAGGGCCCCUCAGGUUACCCGCAGGACAACAUGCACCAGAUGCACAAGCCCAUGGAGGGCAUGCAUGAGAAAGGCAUUCCUGAAGACCAGCGCUAUGGUCAGAUGAAAGGAAUGGGCAUGAGGCAGGGUGGGCACAGCGGUAUGGGACCCCCACCCAGCCCUAUGGACCAACAUUCUCAAGGUUACCCAUCUCCUCUGGGUGGUUCGGAUCACGCCCCCAGCCCGGUACCUGCUAAUGGCCCACCAUCUGGCCCCAUGAUGCCCUCUGGUCCUGGUGCUAUGCCUAUGGAAGGCGGAGACCCGCAGGCAAUGGCUCAACAGAACCGGAGUGGAGGUGCAGGUGGUGUUGCAGGGCCAGGACCCAGCGGAGGACCUCCAAACGCAGGUGGCCCUGGUGGUGCUGGCGGACCCACUCCUUUCAACCAAAACCAACUUCAUCAGCUGCGGGCACAGAUCAUGGCCUAUAAAAUGCUUGCUCGCGGGCAGCCUUUACCAGAUCACCUACAGAUGGCAGUGCAGGGAAAGCGACCCAUGCCCGGCAUGCAGCAGGGGAUGCCCAACAUGCCCCCUGCUUCAGGACAAGGAGCAGGACCUCCUGGACCUGGGGUUCCCGGUCCUGGUGGACCCAACUACAAUAGACCACAUGGAAUGGUUGGACCAAACAUGCCUCCUCCAGGACCCUCUGGUGUACCUCCAGGCCUGCAAGGACAACCCACCAAUGGACCACCUAAACCUUGGCCUGAAGGACCCAUGGUGAACGCUGCUGCCCCCGCAAGUGCCCCACAGAAGCUGAUACCCCCUCAGCCCACAGGCCGCCCUUCUCCAGCACCACCGUCAGUUCCUCCCGCUGCCUCCCCUGUCAUGCCCCCUCAGACCCAGUCUCCAGGUCAGCCAGCCCAGCCACCGAUGGUGCUGCACCAGAAACAGAACCGCAUCACACCCAUCCAGAAACCCCGGGGUCUAGACCCGGUGGAGAUCCUCCAGGAAAGAGAGUACAGGUUACAGGCACGUAUUGCGCAUCGUAUUCAGGAACUGGAGAAUCUUCCAGGCUCUCUGGCUGGAGACUUGAGGACCAAAGCCAACAUUGAGCUCAAGGCACUUAGACUUCUGAACUUUCAGAGACAGCUCCGUCAGGAAGUGGUAGUGUGUAUGCGGCGUGAUACGGCCCUGGAGACUGCACUCAACGCCAAGGCCUACAAGCGAAGUAAGAGACAGUCCCUGCGCGAGGCUCGUAUCACUGAGAAACUGGAGAAACAGCAGAAGAUCGAGCAGGAACGCAAACGCAGACAGAAACACCAGGAGUAUCUCAACAGUAUCCUGCAGCAUGCAAAGGACUUCAAGGAAUAUCAUCGUUCCAUCACCGCAAAGAUGCAGAAGUUGACCAAAGCCGUAGCCACGUACCACGCCAACACUGAGCGAGAGCAGAAGAAGGAGAAUGAGCGUAUCGAGAAGGAGAGAAUGAGAAGGCUUAUGGCUGAAGAUGAAGAGGGUUACAGGAAGCUGAUCGAUCAAAAGAAGGACAAACGUUUGGCGUACCUGCUGCAGCAGACCGAUGAGUAUGUGGCCAAUCUCACAGAGCUUGUCAGAGCUCACAAAGCAGCUCAGGCCCUCAAAGACAAGAAGAAGAAGAAGAAAAAGAAGAAGCCAGAGAACGCUGAAGGUGGAGCUCCUGCGCUUGGUCCUGAUGGAGAGCCUCUGGAUGAGACUAGUCAAAUGAGUGACCUGCCGGUGAAGGUGAUUCACGUGGACAGUGGGAAGAUCCUCACUGGCAUGGACGCUCCUAAAGCUGGACAACUGGAUACUUGGCUGGAGAUGAAUCCAGGGUACGAGGUGGCCCCGCGCUCAGACAGUGAAGAUAGUGGCUCAGAUGAGGAAGAGGAUGAUGAGGAAGAGCCUCAGCCCUCUCAGGCCCCGACAGAGGAGAAGAAGGUGAUUCCUGAUCCAGACAGCGAGGAUGUUUCUGAGGUUGAUGCUCGUCACAUUAUUGAACAUGCCAAGCAAGAUGUAGACGAUGAAUACGGGAACUCUGCAUUCAUUCGGGGCCUGCAGUCAUAUUAUGCUGUGGCCCACGCCGUCACAGAGAAGGUGGAAAAGCAAUCGAGUCUGCUAGUGAACGGGCAGCUCAAACAAUAUCAGAUUAAAGGUCUGGAGUGGCUGGUGUCUCUGUAUAACAAUAACCUAAAUGGCAUUCUGGCUGAUGAAAUGGGUUUGGGCAAAACUAUCCAGACCAUCGCACUCAUCACCUACCUCAUGGAGUUCAAACGCCUCAACGGACCCUUCCUUAUCAUCGUCCCCCUCUCGACUCUGUCGAACUGGGUGUACGAGUUUGAUAAGUGGGCUCCAUCUGUGGUGAAAGUUUCUUACAAGGGCUCUCCUGCUGCUCGCCGUGCGUUCCUUCCCAUUUUGCGCAGUGGCAAAUUCAACGUACUGGUCACUACUUAUGAAUACAUCAUCAAAGAUAAGCAAGUGCUGGCCAAGCUCCGUUGGAAGUACAUGAUCGUGGAUGAAGGUCACCGCAUGAAAAAUCACCACUGUAAACUGACUCAGGUAUUAAAUACGCACUACCUGGCACCCCGGCGUGUGCUGCUAACUGGCACUCCACUGCAAAACAAGCUGCCCGAGCUGUGGGCGCUGCUCAACUUCCUGCUGCCCACCAUCUUCAAGAGCUGCAGCACCUUUGAGCAGUGGUUCAACGCGCCCUUCGCCAUGACUGGAGAGAAGGUGGACCUAAAUGAAGAAGAAACCAUCCUGAUCAUCCGUCGUCUGCACAAAGUGCUUCGGCCCUUCCUGCUCAGGAGACUUAAGAAGGAAGUAGAGGCGCAGCUACCAGAGAAGGUGGAAUAUGUGAUCAAGUGCGACAUGUCGGCUCUUCAAAGAGUGCUGUACAGGCACAUGCAGGCUAAAGGAGUGCUGCUCACUGACGGCUCUGAGAAAGACAAGAAGGGCAAAGGGGGCACUAAGACACUGAUGAACACUAUUAUGCAGCUGAGGAAGAUCUGUAACCACCCGUACAUGUUUCAGCACAUUGAGGAAUCUUUCUCUGAGCACCUGGGCUUCACUGGAGGCAUCGUUCAGGGGUCUGAUUUGUACCGUGCCUCUGGUAAAUUUGAGCUGCUGGACCGCAUUCUGCCAAAGCUCCGCGCCACCAACCACAAAGUGCUGCUCUUUUGUCAGAUGACCACACUCAUGACCAUCAUGGAGGACUACUUUGCUUACCGCAACUUCAAAUACCUCCGCUUAGACGGAACCACUAAGGCUGAGGAUCGUGGCAUGUUGCUGAAGAACUUUAACGAUCCUUCCCAUCAGUACUUCAUUUUCCUGCUGAGCACCAGAGCAGGGGGUUUGGGGCUGAACCUGCAGUCUGCCGACACUGUCAUCAUCUUUGACAGCGACUGGAACCCUCACCAGGAUCUACAGGCUCAGGAUCGAGCCCAUCGCAUCGGGCAGCAGAAUGAGGUGCGUGUGCUGCGUCUGUGCACUGUGAACAGUGUGGAAGAAAAGAUCUUGGCUGCUGCCAAAUACAAACUCAAUGUGGACCAGAAGGUCAUCCAAGCCGGUAUGUUCGACCAGAAGUCCUCCAGCCACGAGCGCAGAGCUUUCCUGCAGGCCAUCCUGGAGCACGAAGAGCAGGAUGAGGAGGAAGAUGAAGUACCUGAUGAUGAAACUGUUAAUCAGAUGAUCGCCAGAAGCGAGGAAGAGUUCGACCACUUUAUGCGCAUGGAUCUGGACAGGCGACGUGAGGAGGCUCGUAACCCGAAGCGCAGGCCGAGGCUGAUGGAGGAAGAUGAGCUGCCCACCUGGAUCAUGAAGGACGAUGCUGAGGUGGAGAGGCUCACCUGUGAAGAGGAAGAGGAGAAGAUGUUCGGCCGUGGCUCCCGCCAGAGGAAGGAGGUGGAUUACAGUGACUCUCUGACAGAGAAACAGUGGCUGAAGGCCAUCGAGGAAGGCACCCUGGAUGAGAUUGAGGAGGAAGUGCGCCACAAGAAAACAACCCGGAAGAGGAAACGUGACCGAGAUCUUGACCUUCCCGGUCCGGCCACACCUAGCUCCAGUGGGCGGAGCAGAGAUAAAGAUGACGACGGUAAGAAGCAGAAGAAACGCGGCCGCCCUCCUGCUGAGAAACUCUCACCCAAUCCUCCAUCACUAACCAAGAAGAUGAAGAAGACUGUGGACGCAGUGAUCAAAUACAAGGAUGGCAAUGGGAGGCAACUGAGCGAGGUGUUCAUUCAACUGCCGUCUCGUAAAGAGCUGCCCGAGUAUUAUGAACUUAUCCGCAAACCUGUGGACUUCAGGAAGAUCAAGGAGCGCAUCAGGAGUCACAAGUACCGCAGUCUGAAUGACCUAGAGAAGGACGUUAUGCUGCUGUGUCAGAACGCUCAGACCUUCAACCUGGAGGGAUCUUUGAUCUACGAGGACUCUAUCGUGCUGCAGUCUGUGUUCACCAGCGUGCGGCAGAAGAUCGAGAAAGAGGAGGAAGAGAGUGAGGGAGAUGACAGCGAGGAGGAAGAGGAUGAUGUCGAUGAAGGAUCCGAGUCUGAAUCUCGUUCAGUGAAGGUGAAGAUAAAGUUGAGUAGAAAGGACAAGGCGGAGAGAGGAAAAGGACGACGCCGAACCGGACGCAGCUCGCGGCCUAAACCUGUUGUUAGUGAUGACGACAGUGAGGAAGACCAGGAAGAGGAGCAUUCGGCUAGUGGCAGCGAGGAAGAUUAAAAACCUCCUUCGAGAUGCCUCAGGACCAAUCCCGUCUCUCUGCUGCAAAAACGUCAUUUUACUUCAGAUUCAGCACGCCUGCAUUUCAGGGGCCUAGUUUUAUCCUAGAACAGCACAUUUUUAGAGACAUGACAAGUAUACGAAACGAUUAAAUGAGAAAAUGACACUAUAUAAAAUGCAGAGAGAAAAAUGGCCCCUUCCAUUUGCAUAUUUAAGCAGACGAAAUCUUUAUGUAUAGCAGGACAGUUUAAGCGUUGAGCAUUUGGUGUUACUUUCCACGUUUGUUUUUAUGAUUUUUGAUUUCUCAAGGAUGUGACAUAAGAUGGACAGAUAUCUGACAGACCAGACUCAGUGGACCAGUAAGAAUGGAUCAUGUUUCAUUGUCCUCUUAUUGUUUUUAGCUGUGUGAACGUCACCCCCUUUAUCCCCCUACACACCCCAGAAUGCAUGCUAUUUGUGGUAAACGCAGCCAGUUAUUUCUCUUUCCGUUUUUCCUCUGUUUAAAUUUAGAUUGCAAACAGGAUUAAGGUACUUCUAGUCAGGAGGAAUGGGGGAGAAUAGGGUGUAGGAUUCUGUACUGUGUCAGUGUCACUGGAUUUACAAAAUGCACAAUAAAGGCAUCUCAGAAUUA